AUGGCGAUAAUUUACGGAAUUCCAGCAGAUACAUUCCAUAUGAAUGCAACAAGAUGGUACUCUUUCAAUUUUACAGAAUGCGUAGUAGCAUGUCAGGAGAAUCCUGAAUGUGUGGUAGCGUACUCGGGAAACCAAAACUACUUUAACUACCCUUAUUACAUCCAGCCGGAUGUAUUCAGGUACGAUGGGCCGAGUGACGUUUCUAUUGUUGCUCUAAAAGUUGCUCUAUCUGGAGCACAAUGUCCACGUGGAAAAAAUGCGCCAACUUUUAAUAAUGUGCCAGCAAAAGGCUACCUUGUACUUUCCGAUACUGCACAAGUAUAUACAUAUUGCAAAUACAAUUUCACUUUGGUGGGCACCAAGUUGACUUUUGCCCAUGAAACUGGGAGUUACGAUUGGGAUUUUAUCAACAAGUAUGGGCAGGGGUGA